UGAAGAUUCAGAUGAAAUUUGACUUACGGAAAAAUGAAAAUAAUAAUUCUAAUUCUUACUGUUUUCGGGACACAUCCCGAAGUCGAUUGUGUGGACAUUCUGCAAGAUCUUGCAAGUUUGGAUCCAGUUAAUCCCGUUGUGAAAGCUGGUGAUGUUGUAAUGUUUCAAUGUACAUCCCCGCCAAACUAUACAGGAGAGGAGUAUGAAACGAUUCAUUUUAAAUUUCUGCACAACGGUACUGAAUUCACUACCACUGAAAGCACAGAGUCCAUCAAAGGUGUACACUCUGUAAAGAAAAUAAGUAUAGAAAUAAAGGGCCUAGAAGAUUCUGGGAAUUACACUUGUGUCGUCACACCUUCCAUCCCUGAGAUGACAGUGAGAGUUGAGACACAUCUCUAUGUCAUAAAAGAUGAAGAGAUGACUGAGUUUGGUGAGGAUGGUGAAGUCACAAAGCUUUCAUGGUUAGGAUCUAGCAAUUACCCUGCCUUGACUUGUAUAUGGAAAGUCAAUGGACACAAAGUUGAAGAACCAGAAAGCCGGGUUUAUGAAAUUCAACAUACAGUAAAAGAUGAUGCAUUUAAGAGCUACACAUGUGUUUUGAUUUCAAAAAAGUCUUUGAAGGCUUAUGGCAAUAAAUGGGAGACCGAAGCUGAUGUGGAAGAGGUUCAAAUAAAACUGAGAGUUAUAGAAAUUGUAGAUUGUACAGAAGUACACGUGCAUGGUGUGACCCCAGUUUUAAUUUCAUGGAUCAAAGAUGAAGAGGUGUUCAAUGCAUCUUUAAGUUUUGGCAGUAAUGUAACUAUAGGACAGCUUCCUCCGGUGAACUUUACCAGUACAUCAGUCAUACAGCUUGUUGUCACAGAUGGGAAUCAUAUAUUUAAAAAGAAUUUAACUAAAGAUUCUGGUGCUGAGGAGAGGACAGCAAUUUCUGGUCAAUCAAAUCAUGUUGGUGCUAUUGUUGGGGGUGUGAUAGCUGUGCUUGUGGUUUUAGCAGGUAUAGCAGGAUGUUGCAUUUACAAGAAAAAAUUCAAAAGGGAAAGUAAAGGAAAUAAAGAUGAGCUGAAUGAGUCGCAGAAGCCUUUGAAUAAAGACAACAAGCCAAAUGCAUCUAAAUGUGGUGUUAUGUGAGUUGAACCUUGUUGUAACUUGUGUCGAGAACACAAUUUGAAAAGUGCAUUUUGUAAAGAACAGCAGUGUUUAUAAGAUGAAGUUUGAAGAUUAAGUUCAUUUCUUCUGUGUAUCAGGGUAAAAAAUUACAAUAUAUAUAUGCUACUAAGAGUUCCGAGACAGUUUAGUCAUUUGUCUCUUGGUGAUAUGAGAAAACUGGGUUAUAUGGAGAUGAUCUGUGUGAGAUUGAACUGCUUUAUGACCAAAACUUGUUUCUUCAGUUAGUAAAUAUUUUUAGAAAAAUAUAUAAAAAAUCAUUAAAAGAACAAGUGUUGAAAGUUUAUAGUCUACAGUGCUUUAAUAGUUGUUUUUUUACUUUUUGUUUUUAUGUUAUAUAAGUUGUUGAAUGAAUGAAAUGCAAUAAGGAUGUAUUGAGCUAACAUGUGCAAAAUUCUUACUUAUUUUCCAAAAAUAUUAAUAUAGUGAACCUUGUAAAUGCUAUGUCUUUUUAACCAUUGUGUUAAAAUUAAUAUAGUGAACCUUGUAAAUGCUAUGUCUUUUUAACCAUUGUGUUAAAUUAGCAUGUGUAGAUGAUUAUAUGUAACUGUUAUCUUUGCAUAUGUGGAUAUGCAUGUAUGUAAUUGCGUUAUAUAUAAUUGCGUAAUAUAAUUAUAUGUAAGUUUGUUAUAAUUACAUUAGUAUAACGCCUAUAUGACUGAAAUACUGUUGGGAAAAGGCGUAAAAUGAAACAAACAAACAAACAAACAUUAGUAUAAGUGUCCUAUAAGUUUUUUCAUGAAAAUAUUUACAUUUGAUUUUUAAAUAAAUUCAAGCCAUCAGAAACAUGGUAAUGAUAUUAGGCAGUAUCACUUCUGAUUUUUAGCUCACCUAUCACAAAGUGACAAAGUGAGCUUUUUUAUCACAAUUUGUCUGUCGUCCGUCUAUUUGUCUGUCCAUCCGCAAACUUUCUUUAAACAACAUUUCCUCAUAAACCACAAAGCCAAUUUUAUCCAAACUUCACAGGAAUGCUCUUUUGGUCACCAGGUCACCUUUAAAAAUUGUUCAAAGAAUUUGAUUCUAUACAGAACUUUGGAUGCAACAUGGCAACCCAAAGAGCUAGAGCUUAGAUAUAAAGCAUGGCACAUCUUGUAAUGGGUGUCUACCAAGUUUUUUCAAAUAAAUGCCCUGGGGUUAAAAUUGGCCCUGCCCUGUGGGGGACAUAGAUUUUCUUUAUGUGUAUAUAGUAAAAAACAUGAAAAAUCUUCUUUUUUUAAAAAAAACCAAAGAGCUGCUAGAGCUUAGAUAUUAAGCAUGAAAAUCUUCUUAUUGCUUUCUACCAAGUUUAUUCAAAUAAAAGCCCUUGGGUCAAAUUGGGACCACCCUUGGGGGGGGGGGGGAGGUUAUUGAUUUUCCUUAAAUGUACACAUCUUUGUCUUUGGAACUGUUGUUUUCCCUUAACAAUAGAAACCAGUAAUGUUUUACACAUGCACUUUUUCAGAAACAAAUAUGAACUUUGUGAUAUCAGAUAUUUAGAUUUUAUAUCUGCUUUGUUUAUAGUUUACAAUAUUACUUACUUGUUCCUGUCAUGGAGAUUUUUUAUAUUCAGGUGAGCAAUGUCAGGGCCAUCAAGGCCCUCUUGUUUAUCUUAAUAUAAUGAAUUUGAAAUGAUUACUAGGUGACUGUCUGCCAAGUUUAUUCAUAUUGUUUUGAUAUGUCAAAAAAGUAAAAAAGGUUGGUGUUUGCCUGAAUGUAUAUAGAGUAAACUGCUAUGCUUUUGAUAAUGAACAACAGUGAUUUCUAGAUUCUUUAUAUUUAGAUAUGACUAUUUAUUUAAUUUAAUUAGGAGUAACUGCCAAAGUUAAUUCUUUUUACAUACAGCUGUUGUGUUGAUAUUUUCUUAUUAGAUCUACUUUCAGUGAAUAUCAUAUUGUUGAAGGUUUGUGAUUUUUGCAUUUAUACACUCGUGGCAAUUAACUUAACUUGGUUAUGAAUUUUUAUCAUUUUUAUGUUAACAUCAUUUUGUCUCUCUAAAAUUCUAUAAAACAUUCAUAUCAAGGAGGUAAAAAACAAUGAUUUGUUAUGAACUUCAGUUCUGGAUAACUUGAUUUUUUCAUUCAUAUUUAGUUUUUUUUUUUUUGUUAUAUCAAUUAAUUGUUGCAAACUGGAGUUUUUCUAAUGAAUUUUUGUGUCUCAUCUACAGAGUAGUUGCCACAUUUAGGGAUCACUUCUUUGUUUUCUGUCUGUCGGUUUGUCCAUCUGUUGAAACAAGUAGAUACUUUGAAGGGGGCUUAGAAUUGGAACAAUAAAUAACAGAACAUUUCAUUUGAUGUAAUUCAUUAUGUGAGCUUUUAUGUGGCUACAUUUUCUCUUAUGUGGUUAAAAGAACAACAGAGAGAAAAAAAGAGUAACCACUUAAAUAUAGUACUUUCCCUGGGGAACUUCUGCGUGCAAAAAAGGUCCAUCUAUAAAUGUCAUAUCAAAAUUUGAGGACAUCUGUCUGUCCAACAAACUUCUCCUUAAAAAAAUGCUUGUUCAAUUUCAUCCAAACUAUACAGGAAUGAUCAGUACAAGUCUAGCUGUGCAUAUCCUCUGCAGUUUCCGAUUCAAUGAUUUUUGUCAGAGUUAUGGCCCUUUAUUGAUUUUUAUUUAUGAAAUUUGUCUGGACAUCUCCUCUUAAACCACUGAUGCAAUUUGUAUGAAUCUUUACAGGAUUGAUUGAUAGCUUAAGAACUUGCACAUAUUACUUUGGUUUUCGAAUAAAAUGAUUUCUGGCCCAGUUAUGGCCGUUGAAUACACAGUAGCUGCAACAUGCAAUUGACAUGUGCUCACUGAUUGCUCUUGUGUUAUUUGUAAGAUUAUUUAUUAUUCUUAUUGAUUUUAGUGAUAAACUAUCCUGUCUCGAUUUGACCUUGAAUACUGUAAAAAAUGUAAAAAUAUUUGUAAACACCAUUUGAGUAUUGCUGACUUUUUAGGUGGGUAUAAUUGAAAGUGUUAAUACAGCAGUGACAGUGUAUAACAAUGUGUGAAUAUUGAUUUAGGACUAUGAAUUAUAAGUAGAUAUUAUUUUGUGAAUUAUAGACCCUUGAUUAAAAAAAAGGGUUGUUAUUUAUAAAGGAAAGGACACUUAUUAUUAUGUUAAGCGUAAAAUAUCUACUUAUCUAUAUGAUGUACUGAAUAUGCAUGGCAUUCCAAUGACAUUGUUUGUAUUUUUUUGUUAUAUUUUAUUUAAACAAAGGAAGUCAUGACUUUUUACUUUAUCAUCUAACUGACUUGUUAGUAUUUACUAGCAAUCCGGGGCAUCAAACUGUUAUAGUCAGUUUUUCCACAGGACCUAUGUACCAGCUAUUAAAACAGAAAAAGAAAAGUGAAAUAGACUAUUUUUUUUAAUAAACAAUGAUUAUUUCUUUUUAAAUCAUGAAUAUUACAUACAAGUUAUUUAAAAUUUUGUUUUUAUAUGUACAGUUAUUAAACAUGCAACCUUUUUACAGAAGAUCUAAACUUGAAAACAUGACAAAGUUUUUUUUUAAUGGCUGUCUUCAGUACAUAGAACAUUUGAUAUUGACAAGUUUAAAUCAAUUUUGAUAAAUAUAUACAGUAGAUACCUUGUGUAAGAUUAUCCUCUCAGUUAAGAUCAAGUGAGGAAGUUAUUGAGCUAGCUUACUGAACACCAGUGGUGCUACAUACAGGUACUGGCUUGUGCUUAAGUUAUGCAGUUUAUCUGGAAAGUCACCAUACAAUACAUGUAUCAUCUUUACUGUGUCUCCUUAAUAGUAUUGUUCACAUUAUUGGAAAUGAAAAACAGCCACAUUUUACAUUAUGUAUACGAUAGACUAGUGUAUAUAGAUAGUUCAUGCUUUUUCAUUGUUUCCUACAUGGAUGUACGGUAUUCUUAUUGCUGCUGAGGUGCUCUUAUAUGCUCAUAUGGAUUAUGCUAGAGUAAAUAAUCCAAAACAAAACAGCAGCUACAGAAAUUUGUAAUGUUUCCAAUUUUUCUUGUUUACAUAACUUAAAAAGUUCACAAGCUAAUCAAAGCACAUUGAAUCUUCCAGUAUGAAUUAUUCAAGAUUAGUAUUUGAGAGUAUUAAUUUUUGUUCUAUUUGUAACAUACCAAAGAAUAUUUUUAUGCCCUAGGGUUUUAAAGAGUCCAACUCUCAAUUAUGUAAAUGCUUGGAUAAGUUAGCAAUCUUAACAUCUUUUAACUUCAGUCAAUAGAUUUGAGCCGCGUCACGACAAAACCAACGUUAUGCGUUUGCGACCAGCAUGGAUCCAGACCAGCCUGCGCAUCCGUGCAGUCUGAUCAGGAUCCAUGCUGUUCGCUUACAAAACCUAUAACAAGUAGAGAAACUGAUAGCGAACAGUAUGGUUCCUGAUCAGACUGCACGGAUGCGCAGGCUGGUCUGGAUCCAUGCUGGUCGCAAACGCGUUAUGUUGGUUUUGUCGUGACGCGGCUCAUAUUAUUUACAAACAUGAAAUCUCACAUUUUGUAUGAACUUACGGCCUAAUGAAUGAUCUAUUUUUCUGCAUUGUCUUUCCCUUUAUUGUAUUUUUUUAAACUUUCAAAAUUUUCCAAUAGAAACUUGAACAUAAUAUAUUCAGUAAUCUUCUUUUUUAUAUAAAUGGUUAAUAUAUUCCUCUAUCUAUUGUUGUUGCAAUGAGUUUGUUAAAUUUUUAUGCAUACUGUACAUUAAUAAAAUAGAGCCACGUAUAUACAGUUUUCUUGCAUUUUAAGGGCAUUAAUUUUGUUGAGUGAACAAAUAACAGUCAAAAUAUGUUUUCAUUUUGCCAUAAUUCCUUUCAAUUUUUAUUAUUUACUUUGUAUGAACGAUAAAUAACUAACCUUGCCAAUGGAAAUUUUUGUAAAUAUCCACCAGAAUUUACCUGCAACAUUCAUUUUGUAAAAAAGGAUGGGGCAGUCUCUUUAUAUUUUAGAUCAAAAUACAAUGUACAUUUCAUCCUUAACAUUUUUAGAUAUCAGUUGUUGGUCAGUCACAAUAAUAACAGUAAAUCUUUUGAAUUAUAAAGUCAAUGCAGCUCACAUUGACAUUGCAAAAAAGAAAUUAUCAUCACUUUAAUAAAUCCAAAUCAGUGUCAGACACUUAGAAAUCCAUAUCAGGAUCAUACACAUAAGAAAUAAAGGACCAUAUUGAAGGACCAUUUGUAAAUCACCGAAAUUUCUCAGGAACUUUCUGAAUAAAUUUUGUUUGUCGUAACCUUCAUA